AUGGCCAACAAGUGCGAUUACGAUAUGGGGCAAAAUGUCGGACGAGUUAGUCGUGCGUCGAGAGUCGCUGGAGGAGCUCUUGCUGGGACGGUUCUCGAAUCUCUACCUAAAAUGGGUGCUAGAAGGGACAACCUGAUGAUCGAGCUAGAGGCGGAGAGGAAACUACGACCAUCGAAGCCGUUUCCCUGGUAUUACGCCCCCACCUAUCUGCUCUUCUGGGUGGGGCUCUUCUUCGCGGUGAUUUAUCCGCUCUUUCAGGCUCUGCCUGACGGCAUCAAAAUCUCCGAGGAGGCGGAGAAACCGGGUAAAUUCGUGGCCGAAAGAGCACAGUCCCUGCUGCUGGAAAUGACUCAAAUGGGUCCGCGACUUGUGGGCGAUGUGAACAAUGAGGUCACCGCCGUGAAUUUUCUUCUCGAAGAAAUCGAAAAAGUACGCCAGGUACUGCGUGACGAUGUCUUCGAAAUGGAAGUGGAGGUGCAACGUGCUUCCGGUUCAUAUUUGAUCAAGGGCUUCCUGAAUCACUAUAAAGGCGUACAGAACGUGCUCGUCAAGCUGAGUUCCAGGAGUUCGAACAGCUCGUCCUACCUGCUAGUGAACAGUCAUUUUGACACCAAGCCGGGCUCACCGGGUGCCGGAGAUGAUGCCUCCAUGGUGGUGGUGAUGCUGGAGGUUCUGAGGCAGAUGGCCAUUUCUGGCGAACCCUUUCUGCAUCCAAUCUUGUUCCUGUUCAAUGGCGCCGAGGAGCAACCCAUGCAGGGCUCUCACGGAUUCACCACUCAGCACAGAUGGGCGGCCAAUUGCAAGGCCCUUCUUAACCUGGAUUCUGCCGGCGCUGGGGGACGAGAUUUGUUGUUCCAGGGUGGUCCCAAUCAUCCCUGGCUCAUGGAACAUUACAGAAACAGUGCCCCGCACCCGUUUGCCACCACCACGGCGGAGGAGAUGUUCCAGGCGGGCAUUAUACCUUCGGAUACUGAUUUUCGGGUCUUUCGUGACUUUGGAGUGGUGCCAGGCUUGGACAUGGCCAACGUUUACAAUGGCUUUGUUUACCACACGGAAUUUGAUCGUUACACGGUGGUUUCUCGGGAUUCCCUGCAGAACUCUGGUGACAAUUUGCUGGCACUGGUGAAGAGUAUUUCCAAUGCCGAGGAAAUGUACGACACGGAGGCACACGCCGAGGGCCAUGCGGUGUUCUUUGACUUUAUCGGUCUCUUCUUUGUCCACUAUCAGGAGUCGACGAGCGUGGCCCUUAACAUAUCGUUUUCACUGGGUGCCAUAGUCCUCAUCUGUGUCUCCUUGUGGCGCAUGUCCAGGGUCUCUGGAGAGACUAUGGGCACUUAUGCCGGUGCCUUUGGACUUUUGUUUCUGCUAGCUCUCGCCGGCAUCCUCCUUGCCUUGCUGUUCCCCGUGCUCAUGUGCAUCUUCUAUGACCUGGGUGAUCGCACUCUGAGUUACUUCAGCAACAGUUGGCUGGUCAUUGGCCUGUACAUAAUACCCUCGGUGAUUGGUCUUGUCCUGCCCAUGACGCUCUACCUGACACAUCGACGAAGUGACAAGAUCCCGCACAAGUACCUACUGCAGAUAGUGGGCCAUGCAAAUUGUCUUCUCCUGGCCAUACUGUGUCUGGCUUUGACGGCUUUGGGUUACCGCAGUGCCUACCUGUUCCUGAUCUCGCUUAUUUUCUAUGUGGCAGCUCUGAUAGUCAACUUGCUGAGUCGUCUGGACUGUAGGGGUUACCACUGGGCCUUGGUCUUGAUGGUCAGCCAGAUAAUACCCUUUAUCUAUCACGCCUAUUUGUUCCAUAUGUUCAUACUCAUUCUUAUUCCCAUGGCCGGGCGCUUUGGCAUGAACACCAAUCCGGACUUGUUGAUAGGAGCUUUGUGUGCCUGUGGCACCAUUCUGGCCUUGUCCUUUGCGGCUCCACUCAUCAACAUCUUCCGGCGACCCAACUCCAUGCUCGGCGGGCUAUCGGUGGUCAUGUUCAUCUUCUGCAUGAUCGCCGUCUCAGAGGUGGGAUUCCCCUACCGGGCCAAGACCAAUGUGAUGCGAGCGGACUUUAUGCAAGUGCAUAGGAAGUACUUCGAGUACGAUGGCUCCAUGAGUCUUGAGGACUCCGGCUACUACUUCCACUUGGGAGAUCGGAAUCGAGAGGCACCGCUCCGGGAUUCAAUGGACCUGACGGAUCUGGUUCGCCUGGGCGACGACUGUGACACGGAGCUGAUGUGUGGUCUGCCCUGCUAUCGCUUCUGUGCUGCCCGCAAGGAUGCCCUGUGGCUGGCACGUGAAGAGCUUGUGCAAUUGCCUUAUCCCACGGUGCUGGAGUUGGUAAACAAGACCGUCCUGUCCGGUGGGUACCAGGUACGCUUCGACUUUCGCCUGUCAGGGCCACCGAACACGGGCCUCUUUAUCCUGCCGCUGGACGGCGUAAAGGUGCUCCGCUGGACCUUCUCUCAGGGCAUGUUGGACGAUCCGGCCACCUACAGGCCACCGCUGAAUGUGCUGCUCACCUACGGUGUGGACACUGCGCCCUGGGAAUUCUACAUGGAACUUUCGAAGGACAAUGGCAACUUCGAUGAGCCGGUGAUGAAGUUGGGCGUGUCCGGUCACUACAUGAGUCCGCAUGCCGAGCGGGAUGCGCUGAGCAAGGAGUUCCUGGCCACGCUGCCGGACUUUGCCUUCUCCACAGAGUGGCCCAGUAGCUAUGAGCGCCAUAUAUUCUAG